AUGUCUCCAGCUCAAAAGCUACUGUCAAAAUAUCAAAUUGGCGCCGGCAGAGAUCUUCUUUAUGGCAAUAAUUUACCACGAAGCAUUGAGUUUAAGUUAGAUAACAGUGGUAACAACAACACAAAAAAAGAGAAAAGUCGGAAAAGAAAGCAAGAAAGCAAGUUGAAGAAAAGUCUCGACAAACAUUUAGGAAAUAUUGUCUGA